AUGAUCCUGCCCAAUGCCACGGCCGUGACGCCCUUUCUGACCACGCUGGGGCAGGAGACGGCCCACCCACAGGGCAGCAGUGCGUCCAGCCUGGCCCGCAGGGGCCCCCUCGGCGACGACGGGCAGAUGGAGGCGCUCUACAUCCUCAUGGUGCUCGGCUUCUUUGGCUUCUUCACCCUGGGCAUCAUGCUGAGCUACAUCCGCUCCCAGAAACUGGAGCAUUCGCACGACCCCUUCAACGUGUACAUCGAGGCCAACGACUGGCAGGAGAAAGACAGGGCGUACUUCCAGGCCCGGGUCCUGGAGAGCUGCAGAGGGUGCUGCGUCCUUGAAAACCAGCUGGCCGCAGAGCACCCCGACACUCACCUCCCCGAGCUGAAGCCUUCGCCGUGA